AUGGGCUGCUGUCUCAGCGCCGGCAGCCGCAAUCGAGAGGCGGAGAACCGCCGCUCCAUGGACGGAGAGCCGCCGAUGACUCCGAGGGCGAUUCUCGAAGUCGAAACGGUGAAGGAGGUGCUGCUAGAGACGCCCGUUGCUCUGAAAUCCGACGGCGAGAAGCUCAAACCGAGAUCGCCGGAAAAUCAAGAAUCGCCGGCGGAAUUCCGGCAGGCGGCGGCAACAGCCGGGAGCCGCGACGCGCCGGGAAAUGACGCCGGAGACACGGCGUCGGAGAUCACCGAGUUGUCGGAGAUUGGGAACUACAGCGAGAGCCUGUCGGCGGCGGCGGCCGGAGACGAAGACGGCGUGGUUGAUCAGCGGCCGCCGCCGAGGAAGCGGAGGGCGACCGGCGGGGGGAGAGGGAGGAGGGAGAGGGUGGUGGGGAGGAGAGUGGCGGCGCCUCCGCCGCCGGAGAAGAGGGGUCCGGUGGCGCCGGUGAGGGCGGUGCGGGGGCGGACGGUGGCGGCGCCGCCCCGUAAGGUGGCAGAGGGAAAUGGUAAUGGGAAUGAGAAUUUGAACGGGAAGAAUGUUGAGGAGGGUUAUGGGAGGUCUCCGGUGAGAGAGAAGGAGGUGGGGCCGCCUCCGCCGCCGCGGAAGGAGAGUGAGGAGAAGACUCUGGCGGCGGAGGGGGAAGCUGAGACGCUUGAAAAUCCUGUUGUUUCAUUGGAAUGCUUUAUCUUUUUAUGA